AUGUCUGCCUCCGCGAACACCGGUGCUGUUGAUCAGCUCACCAACGACCUCGCCUCGACCUCGCUGAACGGCGAGGAGAAGAACACCCCUGCCAUCAACACCAAUGUUGAGGGCGCUCAGGGCGAUGCUGACACCGCUGGUCCUACUCCCAACUCGGCCGUUCCCCAGCCCCAGGCCUCUGCUUCUCUCUACGUCGGUGAGCUUGAGCCCCAGGUCACUGAGGCCAUGCUCUUCGAGCUCUUCUCCCACAUCGGUCCCGUCGCGUCUAUCCGUGUCUGCCGUGAUGCCGUCACUCGCCGCUCGCUCGGCUACGCCUACGUCAACUACAACACCACCUCGGAUGGCGAGAAGGCCCUUGAGGAGCUCAACUACACCGUGAUCAACGGCCGCCCCUGCCGCAUCAUGUGGUCGCAGCGUGACCCUGCCCUCCGCAAGAACGGCCAGGGCAACGUCUUCAUCAAGAACCUCGAUGUCGCCAUUGACAACAAGGCCCUUCACGACACCUUUGCUGCUUUCGGUAACAUCCUCAGCUGCAAGGUCGCCCAGGAUGAGCACGGCAACUCCAAGGGAUACGGUUUCGUUCACUACGAGACCGAUGAGGCUGCCGCCCAGGCCAUCAAGCAUGUCAACGGCAUGCUUCUCAACGAGAAGAAGGUCUACGUCGGCCACCACAUCCCCAAGAAGGAUCGCCAGAGCAAGUUCGAGGAGAUGAAGGCCAACUUCACCAACGUCUACGUCAAGAACAUCAACAGCGAGGCCUCUGAUGACGAGUUCCGUGACCUCUUCACCAAGUACGGCGAGGUCACUUCCUCGUCGCUCGCUCGCGACCAGGAGGGUAAGAGCCGCGGCUUCGGCUUCGUGAACUUCACCACCCACGAGGCUGCCUCUCAAGCCGUCGAGGAGCUCAACGGCAAGGACUUCCGCGGCCAAGACCUGUACGUUGGCCGUGCCCAGAAGAAGCACGAGCGCGAGGAGGAGCUGCGCAAGUCCUACGAGGCUGCUCGCCAGGAGAAGGCCAACAAGUACCAGGGUGUCAACCUCUACAUCAAGAACCUCAGCGAUGAUGUCGACGACGAGAAGUUGAGGGCCAUGUUCUCCGAGUUUGGCCCCAUCACCUCCGCUAAGGUCAUGCGUGAUAGCAUUUCUGAGGGCGAGGAUGAGGAGAAGGCCGAGGAGGAGACUCCUGCCCCCGAGGCUGAGGUCAAGAAGGAGGACAGCGAGGCUGACGCCGACAGCCAGGAGGCUGCCGACAAGAAGGACGCCAAGAAGGGCGACAAGAAGCUCGGCAAGAGCAAGGGCUUUGGCUUUGUUUGCUUCAGCAACCCCGAGGAUGCCACCAAGGCCGUCGCCGACAUGAACCAGCGCAUGAUCGACAACAAGCCUCUCUACGUCGCCCUUGCUCAGCGCAAGGACGUUCGCAAGAACCAGCUUGAGCAGAGCAUCCAGGCCCGCAACCAGAUGCGCAUGCAGUCCGCUGCCGCUCAGGCCGGCAUGCCCAACCAGUUCAUGCAGCAGCCUGUCUACUUCCCUGGCCAGCAGCCCGGCUUCCUGCCCCAGGGCGGCCGUGGCAUGCCCUUCCCCCCCAACAUGGGCAUGCCCAACAUCCAGGGUGGUCGCCCCGGACAGUACCCUGCCGGUUUCCCCCAGCAGGGCGGCCGCGGCAUCCCCCAGCAGCUGCCCCCCAACAUGUACGGCGUCCCUGGCCAGUUCCCUCCCGGCGGCUUCCCCGCCCAGGCCAACAACCCCCAGUUCAUGGCUGCCAUGCAGCAGGUCCAGCAGGCCUCCAUGGGUGGCGGCCGUGGCCAGGGUGGCCGCGGUCCCAUGCAGGGCAUGCCCGCUGGCCCCAUGGGCCCCGGUGCCCCCGGCUACCCUCCCAACCGCCAGCAGCCCGGCCAGGCCGGCGGACGCGGCGGCCGCAACGGCCAGCAGGGCAACUUCCCUCCCCAGGGCGGUCGCGGUGCCCCCGGCGCCGGCGAGAACACCCCUCCCCAGGGUCUCAGCGCUAUUCAGCUGCAGCUGAACAACGCCACCGAUGCCCGCCAGCAGAAACAGAUCAUUGGCGAGCUUAUCUUCCCCAAGAUUGCCGCUCAGCAGCCUGAGCUUGCUGGCAAGAUCACGGGCAUGCUCCUCGAGAUGGAGAACUCUGAGCUCAUUACCCUCAUUGAGGAUGACAACGCCAUGAAGCUCAAGGUUGACGAGGCCCUCGGUGUGUACGAGGAGUACGUCAAGAACCAGGGCACCGAGGAGGACGAUUCGAAGAAGGAAGAGACCAAGGCUUAG